CAUCAAAACUGGCCGUCGAUGAACCAGAACCAAUAUCCUCACCAACCCCAGAAUCAUCAAUGGCAACAACACCAACAGUGUACGCAGAAUGGUCACCACACAGCUCAGCAGCACCAGCCAAAGCAAACUGCGCCGAACGUGAACUCAAUUCAGCACGCGUUCCCCAAUCCAAGUUUUGAUCUCGCGUCUGUCGUUCCACAGCAGUUCAUGCAGGACUUUCUUCGCCUAACAAUUCCAGUCGGCCAGUCACCUAAUGACGACUCUAUCCUCGCUCAAGCUCUUUUCGACUGCAAACAGUCCGGGAAGACGUACAGACAGGCUCUGGAAGGGUUACAUGGUGUUAAUAAUCAUGCUGCCAACCUUUGGAAAGAUUAUUACCUCGACCAUCACGACCGUUUUGAUGUCCUCGUCGCUCGUCUGGCAGAAAAAAGCCAAACAUCAAAAGCAGUCAAAAAACCUUUUACUUCCAACCGUGCAUCUACCUCCGCAACAAAGUCUGCUUCUCCUCUAAACAAUCGUGAUCGCGACUCGCGAAAGAGACAACCUUCACCUUCCCCGCCACUCCGACAAAGUCGACCCCCUAAACGCUCUACACCUACCGCCAUCAGCACAACCCCGUCACUAGGCUACCGUCCUCCAAAACGCCCCCGAGCAACCCUCAACUCCCUCUCUGCACCCCUCCUCCCGACAAACCUUCCUUCCAAGCUUAUGCCGCUUCAAGCGGAUAUUACUUUACCCCCUCCGCCGUCACGAAGCCCUACGCCCCCAACAAGAAUCGAAGCUGGGACAAAUGGGAAUAAGUAUACAGAGGAGGAUCGCGCGUAUUUCUUGAACUUUAUCGGUUGGAGACUGAGUCAGGAUGCGAGUCUGACGAAGAAAGAGUUGUGUGCGAUGUUGAGUGAAAAGGCCCCACAUCAUAGCGCACCGUCCUGGGCAUCUCACUGGCAUGCCAGACAUGACAUCGCAGACAAGAUCCUGUACUCCUUCCAGGGCGCCGAAGAUGAUGACGAUGACGAAGAUGAAGAUGGAGACGAAGAUGGGGAAGAAGACGAUGAAGACGAUGCCAACUCAGACUCUCCAAAUGCGCCAUCCGAUUUAGUCGAAGACUCAGAAACUGAAGUCAUUCGGCAGACAACAUCCACGCUUCCAGACAUGGGAGCCAUUGGUGGUUCGUUCACACCUGCGGAUUGGAGGAUCGUAGCCAGGUAUGUUGCGCGCACUCCGGGAUGGAAUGACAUGGUAGGUCGGGAACGAUGGGAGGGCUUUCUUGAAAAGUUCCCAGAUAACGAGAGAUCAGACAAAUCGUGGGGUGAAUUCUACAGAAGGAAUGAAGAUGCCAUCAUGUCCCUGGCAGCCCACUACAAAGGUACAAAGUGGUCGAGUAAUAAUAAUAGUAUUAAAAUGCAGCAAGGGCGGCCGAGUUGGGCGCGCAAUCGGGGGCGGCAAAGCACAGAAGGAACAGAGGAGAAAGGAUCGGAUGAAGAUGGCGAUUAUGAAACAGACGAUGGUGAACGGUAGGGGAAUAUGCGGCAUAGAAGUUUUGCCUGUGGUCUAUAUACGAUGAUUCGCUGGAGCUAGUACAUUGGUCGAUAUUUUGAUGGCCUUGGCAGGGUACUUUUCUGGUAAUGAUCUUCUUUGGCAAAUCCGUCUAUACGUAUGUUCACAAUAUUGCUGAGCUGUACAUAGGAACGUAGGAUGCUCGAGUCUAUGCUUGCAGGCCUUCUGAUACUAAUCAGC